AUGGUUUUGUUUCGUUUUUCUACUGAUUUCACUGUGUUUCUCUCUGUGUUCAUGCUUCUUCUUGGUGUGAGUUUUGCUGGUGAUAUAGUACACCGUGAUGAUUCUUCCCCCAAGAGGCCUGGAUGUGAAAACAACUUUGUUCUGGUUAAAGUUCCAACUUGGAUUAAUGGUCUGGAAAGUGGCGAGUAUGUCGGUGUUGGUGCAAGAUUCGGCCCUACAUUGGAAUCGAAAGAAAAGCGUGCUAACCAUACUAGAGUUGCCAUUGCAGACCCUCCUGAUUGUUGUAGCAAGCCUAAGAAUAAGCUCACGGGCGAGGUCAUUUUGGUGCACCGAGGACAAUGUAGUUUCACAACCAAGGCAAAUAUAGCUGAAGAAGCCGGUGCUUCGGCCAUCCUGAUUAUAAAUAACCGUGCAGGACUUUUCAAGAUGGUUUGUGAAAAGAAUGAAACCGAUGUUGAUAUUGGAAUACCUGUUGUCAUGCUUCCACAAGAUGCCGGUGAAACCUUAGAAAAUUAUAUACAAAACAAGUCCACGGUGUCUGUGCAGUUAUACUCUCCACGGCGUCCAUCGGUCGAUGUUGCAGAAGUAUUUUUAUGGCUUAUGGCUGUUGGUACCAUUCUAUGUGCUUCUUACUGGUCUGCCUGGACAGCCAGAGAGGACGUUAUCGAGCGCGAGAAGCUAUUGAAGGAUGAUUCAGAUGAGUAUUUAAAUACAGAAAAUGCUGGUUCGAGUCGUUAUUUGGAAAUAAGUACCACAGCAGCAGUUUCGUUUGUUGUGAUUGCUUCUUGUUUCUUGAUUAUGCUUUACAAACUAAUGGCAUUCUGGUUUGUUGAAGUUCUGGUGGUUCUAUUUUGCAUCGGAGGGGUUGAGGGACUGCAAACUUGUUUGGUAGCUCUUUUAUCAUGUUUUGGCUGGUCUCAACGUGCUGCACAGACAUACGUGAAAAUACCUUUCUUCGGUGCUGUUUCAUAUCUCACGCUUGCUGUUACUCCCUUUUGCAUAGUGUUUGCUGUGGUUUGGGGAGUUAAACGCCGUGUAUCGUAUGCUUGGAUUGGUCAAGAUAUUCUUGGUAUUGCUUUGAUAAUUACAGUACUUCAGAUUGUUCAUAUACCAAAUCUCAAGGUUGGAACUGUUCUUCUCAGCUGUGCCUUCAUAUAUGACGUCUUCUGGGUGUUUCUCUCUAGAUUAAUAUUCCAUGAGAGUGUGAUGAUAGUGGUAGCUCGCGGUGAUAGGAGUGGAGAAGAUGGUAUUCCAAUGUUGCUCAAGAUACCGCGUUUGUUUGAUCCUUGGGGUGGUUACAGUGUCAUCGGUUUCGGGGACAUAAUCUUACCAGGGCUUCUAGUAGCCUUUUCGUUAAGAUAUGAUUGGUUAGCAAAGAGGAAUCUUCGAUCAGGAUACUUCUUGUGGGCGAUGAGUGCUUAUGGUUUAGGUCUUCUCGUCACAUACAUCGCUUUGAAUUUAAUGGAUGGACAUGGUCAACCAGCUUUGCUGUAUAUAGUCCCAUUUACACUUGGAACCUUUUUGUCAUUGGGAAAGAAGAGAGGAGAACUCAAGAUUUUAUGGACAAGAGGGCAACCAGAAAUGCCUUGCCCUCACAUCCAAGAGGAUUCUCAACCAAUGGACCAGUAA